AGAGUCCACGUCGUCACGCACUUUUCCGGUGGUGAAAAAAAUGUCCAAAUGGAUUAAAUCUAUAAUAUCUCCAGAGAGAUCCUCUCCUUCUAUCUUUUUGGGCUCCACUUUUCCUAUCUCUUUUUGCCCCUUUCCUCUCUCUGUUCACAAGUCAUCUUCUUCCUUCCUCUGAAUCUUGUUCCUUUUUGCUCUCUCUACUUGAUUCACCCACUCUGUUUCUCGAUUAGUACGUUGAAAACUCACUUUGGUUUUGUUUGAUUCCUCUUUAGUCUGUUUUUCGAUUUCGUUUUCUCUGAUUGGUUUGGUGGUGAGAUCUCUAUCGUAGUUUGUCCUUUGGGUUAAGAUAUUUCAUUUGAUUGGUGGGUUUGUUUUAUUGAAGCUUAUUGUUGUGAAAGUUGGAGUCUUUCUCAGUUUUUAGGUUGAAUUAUUAAGAGAAAGGGAAGAUUUUUGGUGUGAAGUUAGGUUAUUUGGGGUUUGAGAAGUUUGCAAGUGAAAAAGGUUGUGAAUUGUGAGUGAUGAAGAGAGGGAAAGAUGAGGAGAAGAUAUUGGAACCUAUGUUUCCUCGGCUUCAUGUGAAUGAUGCAGAUAAAGGAGGGCCUAGAGCUCCUCCUAGAAACAAGAUGGCUCUUUAUGAGCAGCUUAGUAUUCCUUCUCAGAGGUUUGGUGAUCAUGGAACGAUGAAUUCUCGUAGUAACAACACAAGCACUUUGGUUCAUCCUGGACCAUCUAGUCAGCCUUGUGGUGUGGAAAGAAACUUAUCUGUCCAGCAUCUUGAUUCUUCAGCCGCAAACCAAGCAACUGAGAAGUUUGUCUCCCAAAUGUCCUUCAUGGAAAAUGUGAGAUCUUCGGCACAGCAUGAUCAGAGGAAAAUGGUGAGAGAGGAAGAAGAUUUUGCAGUUCCAGUAUAUAUUAACUCAAGAAGAUCUCAGUCUCAUGGCAGAACCAAGAGUGGUAUUGAGAAGGAAAAACACACCCCAAUGGUGGCACCUAGCUCUCAUCACUCCAUUCGAUUUCAAGAAGUGAAUCAGACAGGCUCAAAGCAAAACGUAUGUUUGGCUACUUGUUCAAAACCUGAAGUUAGGGAUCAGGUCAAGGCGAAUGCAAGGUCAGGUGGCUUUGUAAUCUCUUUAGAUGUAUCAGUCACAGAGGAGAUUGAUCUCGAAAAAUCAGCAUCAAGUCAUGAUAGAGUAAAUGAUUAUAAUGCUUCCUUGAGACAAGAGUCUAGAAAUCGGUUAUACCGAGAUGGUGGCAAAACUCGUCUGAAGGACACUGAUAAUGGAGCUGAAUCUCACUUGGCAACGGAAAAUCAUUCACAAGAGGGUCAUGGCAGUCCUGAAGACAUUGAUAAUGAUCGUGAAUACAGCAAAAGCAGAGCAUGCGCCUCUCUGCAGCAGAUAAAUGAAGAGGCAAGUGAUGACGUUUCUGAUGAUUCGAUGGUGGAUUCUAUAUCCAGCAUAGAUGUCUCUCCCGAUGAUGUUGUGGGUAUAUUAGGUCAAAAACGUUUCUGGAGAGCAAGGAAAGCCAUUGCCAAUCAACAAAGAGUAUUUGCUGUUCAACUAUUUGAGUUGCACAGACUGAUUAAGGUUCAAAAACUUAUUGCUGCAUCACCGGAUCUCUUGCUCGAUGAGAUCAGUUUUCUUGGAAAAGUUUCUGCUAAAAGCUAUCCAGUGAAGAAGCUCCUUCCAUCAGAAUUUCUGGUAAAGCCUCCUCUACCACAUGUUGUCGUCAAACAAAGGGGUGACUCGGAGAAGACUGACCAACAUAAAAUGGAAAGCUCAGCUGAGAACGUAGUUGGGAGGUUGUCAAAUCAAGGUCAUCAUCAACAAUCCAACUACAUGCCUUUUGCAAACAACCCACCGGCUUCACCGGCUCCAAAUGGAUAUUGCUUUCCUCCUCAGCCUCCUCCUUCAGGAAAUCAUCAGCAAUGGUUGAUCCCUGUAAUGUCUCCCUCGGAAGGACUGAUAUACAAGCCUCACCCAGGUAUGGCACACACGGGGCAUUAUGGAGGAUAUUAUGGUCAUUAUAUGCCUACACCAAUGGUAAUGCCUCAAUAUCACCCCGGCAUGGGAUUCCCACCUCCUGGUAAUGGCUACUUCCCUCCAUAUGGAAUGAUGCCCACCAUAAUGAACCCAUAUUGUUCAAGCCAACAACAACAACAACAACAACCCAAUGAGCAAAUGAACCAGUUUGGACAUCCUGGAAAUCUUCAGAACACCCAACAACAACAACAGAGAUCUGAUAAUGAACCUGCUCCACAGCAACAGCAACAGCCAACAAAGUCUUAUCCGCGAGCAAGAAAGAGCAGGCAAGGGAGCACAGGAAGCAGUCCAAGUGGGCCACAGGGAAUCUCUGGUAGCAAGUCCUUUCGGCCAUUCGCAGCCGUUGAUGAGGACAGCAACAUCAACAAUGCACCUGAGCAAACGAUGACAACAACCACAACGACGACAAGAACAACUGUUACUCAGACAACAAGAGAUGGGGGAGGAGUGACGAGAGUGAUAAAGGUGGUACCUCACAACGCAAAGCUCGCGAGUGAGAAUGCUGCCAGAAUUUUCCAGUCAAUACAAGAAGAACGUAAACGCUAUGACUCCUCUAAGCCUUAAUCCUCUCUAUGCGUAUUGUACUUGAUAUGUAUUUUACAAAAUUAGAAAAAUUGUGAUAGAUGUUAUCCUCAAUAUAUGUACCAUGUAAACGUAUUAUGGUGUAAGCCUCAUUUAUAUGUGUUAAUUUGUCUUAAAGCCUUGAAAUC